GCGUGUCAAAGGUCAAAGACACACCUGUUUCAGGAAAGGAAGCGAAACGCAGAGGAUGUUUUUGAAGUUUCCUGUCUUUAUUCUGCUGUUUCAAAGUGGCGUUUCCGCCCCAGACGAGGACUGACCACGCACAGACGGUGACUGCUGACGUCGAGUCCCAGUGGCUGUGGCGUACGCACCACGGAGGAACCAUGGCACCGAGGAUAGACUGGCGAGACCUGAGGCGGCUGUGCCACUGGGGCCCCCUGGUGGCUCUCUUCAUCAUCGUCUACUGCUACGUGAUGGGCGUCGGCUGCAUCCUCAUCUGGUGGCCGCCCGUCACUGCAGCAGGAGUUGCUCACCUGAUUGUGUACACAGCGUGGGAGCUGACUAUCCUGUACAACUUCUUCCAAGCCAUGCUGCUGGGGCCGGGCUUCGUGCCGCUCGGAUGGAAACCGGAGAAGGAGGAAGACUGCCAGUUUCUCCAGUACUGUAAGCAGUGUCAGGGGUACAAGUCUCCCCGGUCACAUCACUGCAGGAAGUGUAAAAGGUGUGUGAUGAAGAUGGACCACCACUGCCCCUGGAUCAACACCUGCUGUGGCCACCUGAACCACACCCGCUUUAUCCUGUUCCUCCUGUCCGCCCCGCUGGGCUGUCUCCACGCCACCGUCGUGUACGGCUGUACCAUGUACAGGUACCUCUACCUGGGUUCCUCCUAUUACUACGUAGUGGAUGACAAUGACCUGGAGCCACUGAUUGAUGUGGAUCUCUACUUCUUCGCCAUGCUGUUUUUUGCGACGGGACUGUCCAUAGGUGUGACAGUAGCUGUCGGUAUCCUGUUUUCUAUACAGAUGAAAAUAGUACUUACAAACCAGACGGGAAUCGAGACUUGGAUUUUAGACAAGGCCAAAGAUCGUCCCCGUCUGGAAGGAGACAAGUUUGUGUACCCGUAUCACCUGGGGUGGCGGAGAAACUUCUGGGAGGUGUUUGCAUGGCAGGGGUAUCCGCGGGGCGACGGCAUCACGUGGCCUGUAGUGGAGGGGUGCAACCAGUACACAUUAACUGUGGAGCAGCUCUUACAAAAAGAAGACAAAAGAAAUAGAUCAGUGGAGUUUGCAAUAGUAGACAACUACAGUGGUUCGUGGUUCCCCAUCACUAAAGGCAUCCGAGUGUGCUGCUGUAUACCAUGUACGGAGGAGCCCAGAAUCAAGGUCAAGAGAGGGGACGUUGUCAUGGUGACAAGGGCAUACAGGUCCCCCAGAGAAGGGAUGGUUCCCGCGACCGUGCGCAGAGAAGAUCAUCAACGAGCUCCACUACCCGCUACAGAACCAGGCAGCUGACUUCGAGCACGACAAAAAGGAAGACUGACCGAAAACUUUUCCAUUUCAUGUUUUUGGAGAUAAUUUGGUAGUUUUAUGUCCUCAGUCUUUGCAAUCGCCUGCUUUAUCACCUUCACCAAGAAGAUUAUGUUUUCGGCAGUGUCUGUGUGUCUAUGUGCCACUGGAUAAUGCCAGGAUGGAUUCAUACGUAGGAUAUAUGAGUUUUCCUUUACACAGCCAGUUAAUCUCACCUUAGCUGAUCGACUUUUCGACGUCUGUCAGGCAUCUUCCUCAGAGCUUCAAACUGGAGUUCUGCUUCUUGCUGCUAUAUGUAGCCAAUGUAGGUGGCGCUUUUGCAGCGAGAACACAAUCCCAAACGUGGCUGAGUUUGGAAACGUCAGCUAAGUUGAAAUUAACUGGUUGUGUAAAAGAAAACUUAUAUAUUCUGUGAUCUAAUAACCUGAUGAAAAUAUUUUUGGAUUGAUACGUGUUUUUUCCUCAAAUACAAGGACACCUGGUUCCAGUCAUCUGCAGUCAUUCAUGUUGCUGUUUUCACUGUAAUACCCUGGGGUUGUCUUUCCCUUAUGAUAUAGGGCAAGGAGAGUUUAUAAACUUCUUGCAUGUACCCUACCCUGGUGAUAUAGACCAAUUCCUUAGACGACAGGGUUGUUGUUGUUUUUUUGUUGGAAACUAUUUUAGGAAGUUUGAUAGAUUUCAAUGUAGGUAGUUAAACAUUUUGUAGCUUUAUGUUUUCAUGAAAUUUAUGUUUUCGUAAUGAUGGAAAUAAUAACUAUAUCACAGUAGUUCAUAUUGGCAUUUAUGGUCAUACCUGGGAAAUGUGUUGACCUUUAGUAAAAGAAUUGAAAUACCAAGAAAUCAAACUUGUGUGAACUUUUAUCGCAGCUGGAAUUUGUGCACAUAUGAGGAAUCUUUCUAUAUAUAGCAAUUAUCCAUUGUAUGGAAGAUGAUAUGUACAACUGUUGAUCAUAUGUG